CACUAGCAUAAUGGGGCCGGGGCAUGUCAAUAUGGGAACGGGUUCCUCAUUACUUGGUGCACGGGAACGGGUACUUCCCGACCGUUUGCGCGCAGCACUGAAAAAGGACCCGAAGUCGGAGGAACUGGACAAGAAGUUCCGCCUGUGUCUUCUCCUCAACGCCAUGGAUGGAAGGUUGCUUGCAGUGCAUGGCAUAAAGAAGCAAGCACGGUUGACGCCAGAGCUGGUGGAUCGCGACUUGGAGAUGAUAAGAAUGUACUCCGGUAGAGGCCGACUGACAUCCAGCCUUGUCAUUAUUGAGUACUCGUCAGAGCUCAUGUUUGCAGACGGAACACGAGCACCCAUACGCCGUCAGCCCAAGGGAGACAUCUGUUUCCUAACCGUGAAUCCGCAUGAUGGUCCCGAGUUCUCUGUUGGCUGCAACGUUGAUGGCUUCUACUUUGCUAAGGAUCCAUCUCCAGAUGGUGCACCACCUCCUGUGGAUGACAUGACGGACAAUCUCCGUAGCCUGUUGAGGAUACACAGCAAGCACUUUUCACAGACUUUCGGACGAGAAGGGUUCAUGCAAGGCACUUAUGCUGGUACUCUGCUGGAUCGGGAGACGCUCAAACAGACAGAAAUCACCCGCGAAGUUCCAAAGCUGCGCAAGAGAAUGCUGCAUCAGCUGAUGAUGAGAACCACCCAGAACAUCCUGUUGGAUUCGAACAGCACGUUGGGACCAGCCUUCAGAGACGACGAGACGCUACGUCUGCCUCCCUCAUCUUUACUGCCAUCUCGGAAGGGUGCAAAGUCAGUCGUAAAAACCCAAAAGGGAAAACGAGUCAAGAUAAAACUGAAGGAGGAAAAGAGUCCCGCGAUAAGCACCAGCAGUCGAGUGAAGAACACAGAUAUGACGAUGACGCAGCAAGCCAGGCUACACGCCCAUCCACAAUCAAAAACAGCUGCCAAGAUCGAUGCAGAGCUGGAGCACGAGAGACGCGAGCAAGAGGAGAGCAAAGAGCCUGGACAGGCUAUGUGCGGCAAGGGUAUGGGGAUCGCUAAGUUCCAGCUGCACAUGGACCAGGCCAUGAGUGCAGGAGCAGCAGGAGCGGGAGCUGAAGAAGAGAACGACGAACAACAGGGUGCAGCUGGUGGUGGCACUCGGCGGCCGCACUCCAGAAAGCAAAAGAACCGCGUUCCGCCAAUCCCCUUGGAUCCGGACUACGCCAGCGGUGACAGCUCUGCAGGUGAAGACGAGGAGAGUGACAAUGCAGAGCUGAACAGAAUCAUGGGAGACGAUCGGUUUGAAGGCCUUCCGACCGAUUACUGGACUGUCACCAAGCUGAUCAAAGACAUCAAGAGGGGAAAUACGAAUGCAACAGUCAUCAUCCUGUGCUUGAUAGCCGAUUUUGGUUUAACCAGUGAUUCCUGUCUGCUGGCGUUCAAAGACAGCGGUGCUAUGGAGCUGCUCGUCAAUCUGCUGGCUGCCGAUGAUGAUGAGAUAAAAAUCGGUUCACUCAGGAUCUUGAAGGAGAUUGCCAGACGCUCGCACACGCGACGGGUCAUCACGGAGUCCAGGGGCAUUGGACUGUUAGCGAACUGCAUCCCUCACCUUAGCCCUCUGAUUAUGUCUAUGGCAGCCGGGACUCUGGCCAGGGUUGCUGCAUCUGCUAAUGCACGCAGACAGUUGCGCCGCUACGGCGCUAUUGACAAGUUCACUGGCCUCCUGCGGCAUGAACAACUGGAAGUGAAAAAGGCUGGUGCCCUCGGCCUAUGGAGAUGUAGCUUGGCCACUAAGAACAAGUCGGCGAUCUUUCACGCCAAGACAUUCUCUAUCUUUGGUACACUACUGAGUGCGGAUCAAGAUGAGGACUUGCUCGUGCCAGUGGUUGGCACAAUCCAGGAGUGCACUAUACAAGCGCGCUUCCAGCUGCUGAUGCGCACGGAGGGCAUGGUGCCAGCGCUGGUCCAGUUGUUCAAUAGCUCCAAUCUGGAAUUGCGAGACAUGGCUGCCAGUGCCGUCUUCAGGGCCGGCGAGCAGGAUGACGUCCGCCAGCAAGUGAGAGAGCACGGCGGCUUGCCACCGCUUACAACGAUGCUGGCCUCCGCUAAGACGCCACAGAUGGUGGAGUUUGUCACCGGCGCACUGUACCAGUGUUGUCACGACCGGGAGAGCAUCAGCAUACUGCGAGACUGUAGAGCGACGGACUAUUUGGCGGGUCUUAUCGGACAGGAGACCGGGGACGUACUUCUCCAUGUCAGCGGGGCCCUGGGCUUGCUGGCGCAGGAUAGCGCCAACCGCAGGACUAUUCGCAAGUCUGGUGCAAUUGUCCAUCUGGUGCAUCACCUGACGGGAACCAACGAAUGCCUUCUCACCAACGUGAGCCUGGCUCUGAGGAACCUGGCCACGGACCUGGCCUGCGUGCAGUCUAUUGACGAGCAGGAUGGUGUUCGCUGCCUGUGGUCGUUGCUCAAGUCGCCAAGCGCCAAUGUCAGAUCCGGUGCCUUGUUAGCCCUGUGCCCGUGCGUGGAGAGAUCUCGCGAGGCCGGCGGGAUGGUGCGCUCCUUCGUCGGCGGCCUGGGAAUCGUCACCAGUCUGCUGAAGUCGCCGAGUCUGCAGGUGCUGUCCAGUGUUUGUGCCCUGAUCACUCAUGUUGCAAUGGACGACGAGAACCUCUCAGUUAUCACUGAUCACAACAUUGUGACCAUGCUGUCCGGCCUAACCAAGACAAUGCGAUACGGCAAGUACGAGCAGUUCUAUCCGUUCGGAUCAACAGUAAGGGACCCGGAGACUGGCGCAGAGCUGAAGGUGACUGGUCUGCGCAAGCACCUGUCCGAUGCCAUCGCGAGCUGCUGCAACUGCACUGACAAUCGCGAGACGUUUGCAGAGUGCAAGAUUGGUAUCCCCCUGGUCUCCUACCUGACCUCACCGGACGAGUGUGUUCGCCAGGCAACCUGCUGCGCUCUCUACCAGUUGUCACGUGAUGCAACCAACUGCGUAACGUUACAGAAGACCGGUGUUGUCAGACCCUUGCUGAAACUCAUGGGGUCGCAGAACGAAGUGAUCCUGGAGAAUGCCGCUUGCUGCAUUCGCAACAUCCGCCUGCUGGCCCUGACAAGUGAGCAGCCGGAUAGAUGUUACCUUCAACCAAGAAAGAAGCGAUCUAGCCAGCAGUGAAGCUCGUAUGCACGUAGCCAAGGAGAGGGUACCGACGGAGAAGAAUGUCUUCUGGGAUUAAUGCUGCACUCAUACGUCACAUGUACAACUUGUACAUGCAUAUCAAUAAAUGAUAGGCUUAUCUUCAAUUUUAAAAUAGCAAUAAAGAAAACGCUAAUUUAAUUUUUUUUGUCUCCGCAUCGAUUAUUUGCUUAUCUUCAAUUCGUUUUAAUACUGCCAAUGCAGGCGUGGCUGGUGUAGUAUAGUAGACGGACUUCCCCAACGCAAAGUACGGCUGCCAACCCAUCUGGGUUACAGCAUCACACUACAAUCGUAUACUCUGGACUUGGCUGCGUGGGAAGACUGGAGCAUGACACCUUUCAGCAGUACUUUACUGAGCGCAAUGGAUGUAAGAAUGAACGAGUAUAUCUGUAUUGUUGUGACAUCAAUCAUCUAAGAAAUAAAUGAGCAGAGUAGACAUUGGCAUUCUCCUUCUGAACAUCACCUGAUCAUUGUACUACUGUAUCUGCAUACAACCGUGCAACCAUUUUCAUUGCAAGAAAAAGGGAACCCAACCGGCUGACCCCAUUGCAGCAGAGCAGAGUGAUCUCCAACAAUGCUAGAAUUCAUUCUGGUGGCCUUAUCAACGUUAUCAUAAGACAGUUCAUCCAACCACUUUACAUAGGAAGAAUCCACCCAUGCUAGGGAACAAGUGAGUCUUCAGAAGCAUUAUUCUCUGCUGUAUGCACAUCCACUUGUACCCAGAUGU